UAUAUAUAUGUAUAUAUAGAGAGAAAGAGAUCUAGCCCUAUUUCCUGAUAAAAUAAUUUGAUAACCAAAGUUUAAACUAGGUCAGCAAGGUGACCUUAGACAUUUUCCUUCUCUACCAUGUUAUAAAUUGUUGCUAGAAUUUAGUUAUACAAGUAUGGAUCAUUAAAUAAUUUUUUUUCUUUUGUUUUCGUAAUUACAUGAUAAUCAAAUAGUUUCUCCCACACUAUCAAUGUUUGUUAAGAAAAAAAAAAUUUAGUUUAUCUUUCACAAGAAAAUUAUAGCUGUAUAUAUGAUCUAUGAGCUUACAUAUGGUAUGUUGGUUAAAUUUGUUGGUUAAAUUUGUACUUCUGACCAAGAAACCCUAAAGCUGCCAUCAUGAAAUAAUUAGAUCGUAUGAGAUUUGUUCAUAGAAAAUACAUUUUAAUUAAUGCCUUUAAAUUGACUCCUAUAUUCAAUUUUUGCAAGGAAAAGGAAGGUGGAGAAUAACAUUUUUAUUACCACCUCUGUUGAUAGAGGUUGCGUUUCAGAUAGGUUUAGUUUUCUUUUUUAACAAAAGAAAGGCAUAAAAUAUAUAUCAAUGAGAGAGAAGGGGCUAAAGCAAUACAUCAAUUCAUCCCAUUCGUAGAUCUAUUCAGAUAAUUCAUAGUUCAUUUAUAUAUAUAUAUAUACCAAAAAAAGUCAUUUUCCUAGUCACAACAAAUACAAAAAAAAAAAAAAAAUGAAGGAGAAAUCAAAGGAAACAAGGAAAAAGAAUGAAACCUACCUCAUGUUUAUCAUCCCACAACUUAAUUUUCGAAAGUCUUUUGAUAUUUAUCCAAAAUAUCACUUGACCUUCACCAUAAAAGGAAUUUUUUUAUUUUCAAAUGAAAAGGAAUAAGCAGACAGAAGACCCAUCAAGAAAAAAUAUACUAUAUAUAACAAAAUAAAUUUCUUGUAGUUAAUUAGAAGUACAACCAAGAAAGUAAAAAAGGGUUUGAGAAAAAUAAGGGAAAGAAAAGCUUCAUACUGAGAAGAAGGGUUGCAAUACUCGUGCAUUUUCCUAGAACUAGCAAAGAUAAAAAGAGAAACAUGAGCAUCACACAAUACAUUAAUCUCGUUAGCUUUCUUCGUAAUCCCAUUCUUUGUCUUUGAAUAAGGACAAGCAGCUGAAAAAGAAGCGAAACAUGAACCACCUCCAAAUCGUUUCAGUGCUGUAAUUGAGAAGAUUGAACGUCUUUACAUGGGUAAAGAUAGCAGUGAUGAGGAGGAACUGAAUGAAACUCCAGAUGAUGAUCAGUAUGAUACAGAAGACUCUUUUAUUGAUGAUGCCGAGCUGGAUGAGUAUUUUGAAGUUGAUGAUUCAGCCAUAAAACAUGAUGGAUUCUUUGUUAAUAGGGGAAAGUUGGAAAGAAUAAAUGAAUCUUCUGUGAUACCUAACCAGCAGCCCAAGAAAAGGCGAAGAAAAGAUGCUGCAAAACCUCCUGGUGAGGAUGACGAUGGUAGUGUGCCAAAUCAUGUAAAAGCAGCAAAGAUGACUGCAGGGGCGGCUGAACCAUCUCUUGGGAAGAAUAAUUCUAGUUCUUCUCUGAAUUUGACUGCAUUAAACGAACAAUAUGGGGAUGUAAAGUCUCAGAAUCAAUUAUCAGUUUCUGGUGAUUCUUCCAAGAAGAAAUCUUCUGAGAUAAGACAAGCAUUGGAUUCUUCUUCAUAUUUAAAAGUUCCGAAUGGUGAUUCUUCUGUACAUUUGGCAGAUGUGAAGGAUAUUGAAAAGUCGAAGACGGGAUUUCUGCAGCCAAAAAAUGUUGUCAAUAACAAACUGAAAGAUGCAAUUGGAUCCUUUGAUGUUUUGCAUCAGAAAUACCAUGAUAAAAAUGCUUAUGCACAAUCCAAAUCCCAACAUGGAAAACCAAUCAGCAAUUUUCAUGAGCUAGAACAAUCGGUUCGGCCUAAAGAAAAGAAUGGUAUCCAUGAACUGCCAGACAUUAAUGUUUCUGAUGGCAAACAUGCUAUGCAUUCAGCAAAAUCUUCACACAUGCCGAAAAAGGAUGGCUCCACUCUUAGGCCCAAAACUUCCAUGCUUGAAAAGGCUAUUAGGGAGCUAGAGAAGAUGGUUGCGGAAUCAAGGCCACCUGCUAUUGAAAGUCAAGAUGUUGAUACUUCAUCCCAGGGGAUUAAGAGGAGAUUGCCUAGAGAAAUAAAGCUCAAGCUCGCUAAAGUUGCUAGAUUAGCGCAGGCAAGCCACGGGAAAGUUUCUAAGGAGUUACUAAAUCGUCUUAUGAGCAUCCUUGGUCAUUUAAUGCAGCUAAGAACACUUAAGAGGAACCUCAAAGUCAUGAUUAGUACGGGUGUGUCAGCAAAGCAAGAAAAAGACGCUAAAUUUCAACAGAUAAAGAAGGAAGUCAUUGAGAUGAUAAAGACAAGAAUUCCUUCUUUUGAGAUAAAGAUAUUGGAGCCACACGCCAGAGCUUCUGGUGAUUUUCAAGAAAUUGAUUCCGAAGAAAGAGUUUUUAGAAGGAAAUUUAGCAUGGACGCAUCAUUGGAGAACAAGAUUUGUGAUCUUUAUGACCUCUAUGUUGAUGGAUUGGAUGAAGAUGCAGGUCCACAAAUCAGAAAGCUUUAUGUAGAGCUUGCCCAGCUGUGGCCAAAUGGUAUGAUGGACAACCAUGAGAUUAAACAUGCAAUAUGUAGGGCAAAGGAAAGACGGAGAGCAAGGUACAAUAGACGUAAGGAUCUAGAGAAAAUCAAGAGGAAAGAGAUGUUGGCACCAAGAUUGGAGGAGAGUGUUCGAGUGGAGUCUGCCUCAAGGGCACAGCCACAGCAGAUGCAAGAGAGGUCAGCUACUGACUUCGAUUGUCAGGUUUUGCCUUCAACUAAUAAGUCAAUUUCAAGCACAACAACAGCUGCUGUCCGGAUUCCCAGUCCCUCAGCAACUGGUUCCAGUUUGGACAUACUAAAACAGGAGAAGUUAAAGGGCAUUUCAAGCAAUGCCAUGGAUGAAAUAAAGGUGGCGGAUGGUUCAAUGCCAAAGAGAAAGGUAAAAAGGAAGCCUGAAAUGGAGUUGGAUGAAACUCAUUUCCGUCCAGAGAAGUUAAAUCUGCAACAGGGUAACGACAGGCACAAGUCCACGAAGCAGCUUUUGAAUCUUGCCCCGAAAUCAAACCUUCCGCAAACUGCUACAAUGUUCGAGCAGUCAAGCUAACAUAAUGUCGUCCAUUUAGGAGUUCUCAUCAUAAACUGAUAAGUGCUUACCCAUUUUUUUUUUGUUCUCCUUCCCUACUCAUUCUUACCUUUUUAAUUUUACUUUUCUUUAUCGUUUCAUUCGUUCAGAGUCUUCAGACCUACUGAUUUGUCACCUUAUCUGGUAGUACCAUUUUUGUAAUUACAUGUUCUUUCUCUUGCAGUUAAGAGUUCUAUGUUAAAUAGGAGAUAGCAAUAAGGUUGUAAUAUUCUAUUGCGAAUGUAUUUUCUAGGGAA